UAAAUUUACUUAGUGAAAAGUCAACAAUAUUAUUUGUACAUCUAAAUGUAUGACUUGUUAAAGUCAUAGAUAGCAACUUUCUACAAAUAAGGCAAGAAAAGUAUGGUUUAUAUGUGAGGUGUUGCUUUAAUGGUGUUUAUCAAAUAACUUAAGAAACAAAUAAAGAGAUUCUUUACAGAUUUUAUUAGCAUUAUUGAAGGCUAUGCGAAGCAUGUGCACGAAGAGAUGCUUCUCCUUGCCAUGUUGUUUUCAAAUGAAUUAAGUGUAAAGGCAAAGUGACGGAUAAAAGGAGUUAUAAGACAAACAACUACCUUAUAUAGCUUCGUCCAACUCAUGUGGAAUCAGAUUCCAUGAAUAAAAAUGAAUAUGAAUAUGAAUAUAAGUUGAUCCAAGAUCACCAUCAUUUUCAUAAUUUCAUAUUCCAUAUUCUUUAGCACUCUACAAACUCCUUUUCCAUUUGCCUUUGGCUCAUCCAAAGUAAAAAUCAAUCGUGGGUUCCAUCAAUUCCCACCCUAUGUCGGAAAAGUAUUGUUGCAUGAUCAUGAGAAUCAACGUCGACUGCAAUUCUUGUUGCAGAAAAUUAAGGAGAAUCAUUCUACGGAUGAAAGAGAAGCAGCAGCGUAGGGUAUGUGUGUUUGGCAGAUUUGAACCAGCUGAUGUUGCAAUAAAGAUAAAGAAGAAGAUGAACAGAAGAGUUGAGAUCCUUGAAGUUCAAGAAAUGGAAGCAGAAGUUGAAAACGAAGGAGAAUAGAAAGCAGAUAGAACAGAGAAUAAUAUCAACCAUGCCAUGCAUGAGACAGUGUAUAUAAUAGGUUAAUUGCAAAUGUGGUUGCUUCUCUAACUGUACUUGGAAAUUGAA